AUGACUGGCCUCGCAGCUUCUCCAAGCAGCACGGGCAUUGUGGACCAGUCGGUUUGUGAGAUGAACACUAAGCUGUCCGAGGUCGUCGACAAGGCGCUCGGUUUUGGGUUCCUGGAGGGGCAGGUGAAGGGGCAGCUCGUUAAGCUGCGAAACCCCGUUCCUUUCUGCUCAUAUUUGAGCACAGACUCGAGCUUUGACUCUGCUGAGAGCACGUCCUUAUCUAGGGACUGUGCGCGUCUCAAUCUAAUGGUUCAACUAACCACCCCCGAAGGCGACUACGGGGCCGAGAGCAGCUACUUUUCACGCAGCCAGACAUGUCGAGACCAGAGGGUAGUGUGCUUCUUCUUCAAACGCGUGAUUGCUAAGCGCAGUAUCCCCGUUCCGAAGUUCACCGAUUUGAUCCCAGUUCGAAAGAAAUCUCACGCGGAAGACGGGCAGUGGAUUGUGGAGCGCCUGGGGAACCAAGUUUGCACUGACGAGUUCUACGGCGGUGUGGCGAAUGUCUCGUUCGUGUGGGAUCACUCUGCAAGUAUGAAUGCGUCGAAGCUCAUUUCGAGUGUUCAAGCAGCCCUGGCCAGUGGGGACGUCAAGAAGGAGUUGGUACAGGCGUGCGAGACGAACCAGAUCAACUGUCGAGCCACGGUCAAAGGGUUCGCCCUUCCGGACCCUACCAAAGGACCUCUAACCAGCACGUACGGUGUCGUGAACCUGAUUGAAUUGCUCAACUAUCUGCCGAUCGUCUGCGCAGUCCCAGUCGAAACAAAGUCCGUUCCGAUCCAAAACGCCAGAAACUUUCCUUACAGUAUCCGCGUCGAAACGCAGAUCAGGGACCUGAAGACGCAGGAAAAACUGACGGAGCUGUUGCUGCGGAUUCAUGGCAAUGGAGGCAGAGACUCAGCCUUGUGCGAGUUUGUCGAGCGUUUGAGUGAGGAGAUCGAGGAUGCAGCAUUUAACGGCCGGGCACUGGUUCCCCACCUGAAAAAGCUGGCGAAUAUCGUGGUACAGACACUCGUCCAUCAUGGCAAGUGCGUUGAGCUGUAUGAACGCUACGGAGACUUUCGCUUACGCACUCAGAACUGCAGUACGAAUGGGGUCACAGCGUCUGCCACCGAGACUUUGUUUGGUUUCACGUUUGGCGUUGCUAUCCCGUUCGUGAGGCUCUACCAAUGGGGAGUGUUUGAGAGAUCUGAGAAAUGGACGAGACCCAAGCACUACGGGGCGACUAAGAUCGCGUACACACAAACCGUCUCGGGCUACUACGACCGCGUGAAGCUCCAAUUACUGUUCGAUAACAAGGAACUUUUGAGGGAGUGGCAGACCGAAAUGGAUCGUAUAGUAGCAAGCCGGCGCCCUCGAUCAGGAGCCGGACCCUGGGGAACCCUCAUUGACGCUUUUGCAGCGUGA